AGUCUUUACGCGUACGUUGAAGGCAUAUAACGUAUUUGUGUUCGAUUACGCAUAGCAUUGUAUAACGCUUAUGUUUUUCUUUCGAAAAAGAAACCUACACACAGUGUGAUGUGGUGAAUUGCCGAAAUAAAAAUCUAAAUAAAUACACCACACAAAAUAAGUGAGAGCUAAAAACCAAGAGACUCACUCACCCAAAGCAAAUUAGAAAAUUUUUUUUUCAAAAGCAUCACACUCAGAAAACAACUAAUAGUUGUUGUGAAUACAAGUAGAAUGUGAUGAUGUACUACGUAGUACGGGUUCUAAAUUCAGUUGCACGGUGACUUGCAGUAAAAGCGGGUCUUGUUUUUUAACGCAUUUUCUGAAAAUAAAAGAAAAUAUCGUGUGUACGCGAAGCGUGUAUAAUAUUAAUGACGGUCGAUUUGAUAUUGAAAUAAAUAAGAAAGAAAUAUAUAUAGUUUGAUUUUUGUAUAACAAAUAAAAACGCGUGUGAGUGUUGUGACAAAAUUAUGCAAAAAAGGAAGUUAUAAAUUAAAAAAAUUUAAAACAAAUUUUAUUAAAAAAUAUUGAAAAUUUAAAAGUGCUUUAAGGCAAAAUAAUUGAAGUAUAAAAAUUGAAUAGAAAUUUUUAUUGAAAAAAAAUUAUUAAAAAGAUUAAAUUCGUUUCUUGGUAACCAGUACAGAAAAAAAGUAAACACAAAAGGAUGACACUUGAACAGGUCUUAAAUUAAACAGAAACAAAAGGCAACAGGAAAGGAACAAAAAAAACAACAUGUUCAAAAAUAAAAUAAAUACCAACAAGAUGACAACAAUUGUAAUAAAAAAGUAACAUAACAAGAGUUAAAAAAUAUAAAUAUAAAAAAUAGACAAAUACAUGGUGACAAAUAACACAUACAUGGUGCUACAAAAAACAACUGAGAUUAAAGUGUAAAAAAUAUUUUAAAUAAGUAAAAGUAUAAAAAAUAAAUUCCCACCAGCAGUUGCACAAGGACUUUGCGUAAGGAUUCUUUUUGUCAUUUUUGUAUUUUGGUUACACAAAAUUUACGGGAUUUUUUUUCAACAGUGUUUGUUUAAUAUUUCCUGUCUUAUUUAUUUAAGAAAUUGUACUGAAAUAAAAGCGAAACCAUGAUAAAAUGUAUUUGUUAAAUAUAAAAGAAAAUAUUUGUUAGAAAUUACUUAAAAAAAAGAACAACAACUGCAAAAAAGGACUUUUCUGUCAACUCCAUUACUAAAACAGGAAUCUGCUUUACUGUUUUCCAUUAUAUUCUAUUAGUUUUUCUUUUGUUUGGUUUGUUUACUGAGUUUUCGUUGUGUUGUUCAACGUUCAUCUUUAUGUGAUGCCCCUAAGGAGUCUAGAGUUGGAGAUAGUUUACAUUUAGUUCACUUUUACAUGAUUUGACAACAAAAAGGACAUUAUAUUGUCACAACAGGAUAAAAAACAAUUACCUCACCUUAGAAAGAAAACUCACACAAAAAACUACAACUCAAAAUCAUUGAAAAAGAAAAAAAUAUAUAUAGAAGAACAAAAAUAAUAGUUGCAAAUAGAAGAAAGUGUGGUAAAGAGGAACUGCAAUCAUUUUUGGUGAUUUUGAGACAAGUGACAACAAAGAGUAAUGAGAAGAAUAGACAAGGGUGCUGAGACACCCUCAUCAACCGCAAGGACUUUAGCAAACAAUAUGCUGGCACAGGACUCAUCUCACAAACCAACAGCUCCAGCAGCAACAACAGUAAAAGCACAUCAUCAGCAACAACAGCAACAACAAGAACAGUAUCACAGUAGUAGUUGUAGCAAUAGUAACAAAUUACAAACAUAUCAAGAAAAUUUUAACAAUGAAAAGUCCUUGAAAGAUUCUACAAAAAUGUUGCCAACAAUAAAAACAACAACGAAUAAUAAACAGCUACAAAUGUCAACUACACAGCAAACAACAAAAGCUGGAACAGCAGCUCUACUCUCAGUGGCAGCACAACAGCAACAAACUAGUCGCCUUGAUGGACUUAAUCAUACAAAUAAAAGUCCCUCAAAUAAAAACACAGAAAACCUUCAGCAGCAACAACAUAAUCAUCAACAGUUUACUCCUGAAACCUAUAAAAAAUGUCCUGUAGUAAUAAACAGCAAAUCUUCCUCAACAAUAGCGACAACAUCCACAACAAAACAACCUCCUUCAUUCCAUAUAAAAUCUCUAACCAGCUCUUCAUUCUUUACAUCAGCAACAUGUCCCCCUACAUCCUCAUCCAGCAAAGCAGCCGCAACAACAACAAAAACUUCAAUAUCAUUAUUAAAUUUAUUUUUCUACAUCAUGUGCGUCACAUCCUUGGGCUUCUCGUUGUACUGUAAUGUACGACAAACGCAUACGGACCGCACAUUACGACAUUUAAGGGAAUUCGAUGAACGUCUAAUGGAUAUGGAGAUGCAAUUACAAAUGCAACAACAACAAUUGCAACAUGUUAGCCAUACACUGACACAAACUCAAGAGCAACUACGACAAGCAGCCACAUACAGCAGAAGCUACAGCAACAACAACAACAAUAAUGAAGAAGAGGACGAUGAUGUGGAUGACGAUGAUGAUGAAAUGGAUACUACUGAUAUGGAUUAUACCUCUCAAGCACUGAGUGCUGGAGGUAAUUUAAAUAUUUUACAUUUGAGAGAUGCCAAAGAUGUUACACAAGCUGUUCGUUUAUUAACACGGCAAGUGGGUGAAUUACAUCGUCUUAGACGUGAUGUUUCCCAAUUACAAUUGAGUCGUCGACAACAGCAUCGUCGUCAGACGGGUCUAGGUGGUGGCGGCAACGGUUCCAGUGGUUCGCAUGAACGUUUAGGCGGUGCAGGUGCUGGCGGUAAUUUCCAAGAUUGUGGUUGUCAACCAGGUCCACCAGGCCCACCUGGACCUCCAGGUAAACGGGGGAAACGUGGUAAGAAAGGAGAUCAGGGCGACAAAGGAGAACCAGGUAUUAAUGGCAUUAAUGGUGAAAAAGGUGCUCCCGGACGGCCCGGUGAUAAGGGUUCUAAAGGUGAUGUAGGUCACCCCGGCAUUGAUGUUUUUCAAACUGUUAAGGGUCUUAAAAGAUCGGUAACGACAUUACAUGGCGGUACCUUAGGUUAUGCUGAAAUUGUAGCCGUUAAGGGAGAACCAGGUGAACCCGGUCCCCCAGGACCACCAGGCCCACCUGGUGAGAUGGGAGUACCCGGUACAAAUGGUGAAAGAGGACCUCCGGGCGAAACAGGGCCACCAGGACCACCAGGUCCAACAGGAGAACCCGGACCAAUGGGACCAGCAGGAACACCAGGACCUGCCGGAUUAAAGGGUGACAAAGGUGACCGUGGUGAUCGUGGUCUUACCACAACAAUCAAAGGUGAUGAAUUUCCAACAGGCAUUAUUGAAGGUCCACCCGGACCUCCAGGACCACCAGGUUCACCAGGAACACCUGGGGAAAAGGGUGAUACCGGACCAGCUGGACCGCCAGGACCUCCUGGAGAAAAGGGACCACGAGGCAAGAGAGGCAAAAGGAUAUUUGGACCAGGUGGUGCUAAAGAUGAAGAUUAUGAUGAUCCUCCGGUUACAUUGUUACGGGGACCACCAGGUCCUCCUGGCAACCCUGGCAAAGAUGGUCGCGAUGGCAGAGAUGGUGCGAAGGGUGAAGCUGGUGAACCCGGCGAACCUGGCUCUUUGGGUCCCCGUGGUUUAGAUGGUUUACCAGGUGAGCCUGGUAUAGAAGGUCCACCUGGUUUGCCCGGCUAUCAAGGACCACCUGGCGAAAAAGGUGAUAGAGGAGAUAUUGGUCCUCCGGGUCUAAUGGGUCCUCCAGGUUUACCUGGACCCCCUGGCUAUCCUGGCGUUAAAGGCGACAAAGGAGAUCGUGGUGACUCAAAGUACAGAAAAAUGCGUAGACGCCAAGAUCAAGAUGGUAUGUCAGAUGCUCCACAUAUGCCCACCAUUGAAUAUUUGUAUGGUCCUCCAGGACCUCCUGGUCCUAUGGGUCCUCCCGGUCAUCCUGGCCAAACAGGUGAAAGAGGUUUAGAUGGCCGCAAAGGAGAUCCCGGCGAGAAGGGACAAAAAGGUGAUCAAGGACCUAUGGGUUUACCGGGUCCUAUGGGUAUGCGUGGUGAUUCCGGACCAAUGGGUCCUUCCGGCAAAGCUGGUUUACCGGGUCCACCUGGUUUAGAUGGCAUGAAGGGAGCUCAAGGAGAAACUGGUCAAAAGGGUGAACGUGGUGACCCUGGUCUACCGGGUACUGAUGGUAUACCCGGCCAAGAAGGUCCUAGAGGUGAAAAAGGUUCUAGAGGUGAUCCAGGACCACCAGGCAAAAGAGGACGUAAAGGUGAUCGUGGUGAUAAAGGUGAACAGGGAGUACCAGGAUUAGAUGCUCCCUGUCCCUUGGGAUCCGAUGGUUUACCAUUACCAGGCUGUGGUUGGCGACCACCUAAGGAACCGGUUAUUUCAACUCCGGUCCAUAAAGAUUAUUUACCCGAUGUAACGGGUCCUGAAAGUAACAAUGCCAGCGAUUAUGAACAAGAAGAAGAAGAUGAAGAACAAAAUGAAAACGAAGAUGAAUACGAUGAAUAUCAAGAUAAUUUACACAAUGAUUAGGACAAACUAAACAGACUAUUAACAAACAAAAUAAAAUGAGCAUUUAUUUAAAACGAGAAGAAAGAAAAACUAAAACGUGCUAAAAGCCUUUUAAUAAUAACAAAUAUAAACAAAUUUAAUGCAUUGUACACCCAACACACAUACGACAGAACAAUAAAGCAAACACUGCUUCUCUUCAAGCACGGUUACCUUGUAACUAUGGCUAUUAAACCAUUAGCACCUGCCAUUCUUACACCUUUUACUUAGGAAGGUGACAUUUGUAAUUAACAACAUAUGUAUCUUUGUUCUAAAAUGGAAGUGUUUACUUUUACUCUAAUGGAUUUCAAAAGAAGCUGACAUCAAGCAAUUAUGAUGUAAUUUACACUAUGUAGUCUAACAUAAAAUGUACACACACACACACACACAACUACUCUCUCGCAACUUUAUAGUAGUUUUACUAAUAUUUAAAUUAAAUAUUAAAUAAUUUUAUUUACACAUUAAACAUAACGCACCAGAGCAUCUUUAGAAAACGACGACUUUUCUUUAUAACACAAUUUUAUUUUGGUGGCGGCUUUAAUCAUGCUUUUAAUAAUUUGUAAUUUGUUUAUUUUAGUGGCGGUAAAUGUUUUAUUCUAACAGAUAAUUGGCAAGAAUGGCUUAGGGAUGAAAUUAAAGUAGUAAUCAAAACUAUGC